AUGGCUACAACCCCCGCCACUGUUAUUGGGAACCAUACACAGAUCGUCGAGUGGGCCGAUCCGCCUUGUUCUGCCAUUUUGCGUAGAGAUGCUCUGGACGAAGACCUGGCUGUGGCUAUUGCGGGAAACCGUGAUCUUCUCUCCCUUGUAAAGCACCUUUCUCACAGAAACCUUCUCAGAUGCCUUAGCAUUCAGUGCUCAGGUCAAUCUAAUCUCAUGGUAUGGAUGGAGAAGGCCAGCUUUCCGUCUUUGGCUAAGCUCCUUGGUGGCCAAAAAGAGCUGAGCAAUGAAGAUGUGUUUGGUAAGAACUGUGCAGAUAUGAACUCGUUUGCGGACGAAAUGGAUGGUCUUAGCCAUACUGAGGAAGCGAGUAAAGUAGAGCGCGAGCUUCUGGCCCUCAUCAACGACACGACUAUUGAGGAUCUUAGCGAAGAGAAUGGAGGAUUGUCGUCAUCGAACCACUCUGCUCUUGUUCAUUCUGUGAUCACUAAGACCUCAAUAUACAGUUUUGCUGAAGAAGAAGUUUGGGCCAUUUUAGCACAAUUGGUAUCCGUUCUAUCUUAUCUCCACAGUAGUAUUAAGACAGGAAUCCCAUCUGAGCAGUCCAUUUCAAUCAACCAUGGAAGGAUACGGCCGGAUACCAUCUUCUAUGAUCCUGUCACUCAUACUAUAAAGCUAGUUCCACCCCACCUUCCAUCCAUGAAUCCAUCAAGCAGUUCCUUUGCUAAGGACAUCUAUUCAAUAUAUAUCAUUGCACUUCUCCUUUGCGACCUUUGUACAUCCGGCGUACAGCCUUUUGAAUCAAAGGAUUACCAGGCUGAGUUAUCCUCUCUAGAUCAUCGGCGGUUUUCUCCUGAUCUGAAGCAGUUUAUUCUGGCCCUUCGUUCUCUCUGCCUACACGAUAAACCUGUUGUAUCAAAUUUGCUACUUUCCCAACGAGUCACCGAGGCGCUACUUCCAUUCACACACCUUGAGUUCAGAGAGAGGAGCCAGUCAUCUGCAAGUGUACAGACGCGCACACCUCUAGAGAUUUAUCGUCAUCUUAAAGAGGCAGCCUCGCUGCCGAACAUUAAGCACGUUACAGACCCCAUAGCUGCAGAACGUGCAGCAACCUCUCAGAGUGCGAGGUCCGUAGUUCAAGAGCAUGCAGAGAACCUUAGCGAGCUACUGGUCGUCAACGAGAGCUCUAUUUUCGCAGAGCAUACCUCUGUAAUGUCAGCAGGUAAUAGCGCCGGCUACCCUAGAGUAGCAAGUGUCUUUCGUGACCCAUCUGCGCGCGAGACAAGCCGUAUGGAUAGUAGUGUUGACCUAGGCAUAUCUGUAUUAUACUUGUCGUCGGCCAGCGUUGGGAACACUAUGCUCCACCGGGCAGUAUUGGAUAGAGACUUAGAGGCAGUCGGCCGUAAUUUGGAAUAUGCCAAACGGUUCAAUCAAGAUGGACACACGGCCCUCAUGCUUUGUGCCAUCGAGGGCUGGAGCGAUGGUGCCAAUAUUCUUGUCUUCCAUGAGGGUGGAUUGUUUACAAAACAGGGCCAUACUGCUCUAUAUUACGCGUUGUACUCAGAGCAUUAUGACGUUGCCAGAAUACUUACGGAUGUGGAGGGUGUCUCAACUAAAGACCCACAUAUCGAUGCCUUGAACCAGACAGAUCUAAUGCGCGCUACCAUAGCAGGAGACAUCGUUGCAGUGUGGUCCUGGCUUCCUAGACAGCACAAGUGGCAGGACAUAAAUGGACGAACUGCUCUUAUGUGUGCCGUGGAAAGUAAGGCGUCUCUGGCAAUCAUUAAGCUUUUGGUACCGCUGGAAGCAGGAGUUGUGGACUUCUCUGGUAGGACUGCCCUCCACCGUGCCGUGAAGAUGGGAUCUGUUGAUAUUGUGCAGCUUCUUUUGGAUCUUGAAAAAGGGAAAUCAUACUUUAGCAAAGGGUUGGAGGGGAAUUAUGUGGUAUCAGCAAAAGUGUUCGCAUCAGAGCUUGCUUAUUUAUAUAGAAAUAUAGACAUCUUUGAGGUCGUAUUUGCUGCCGAACGAUCACUGAUUUUACAAGAAUAUCAGAUAGAUAGUGAUGACGAUAGCAUAGAUAGGGCUGUGGCUAAUGAUUAUCAGCGGCUGCUCAAUGCUGUGGAGAACUAUCUUGAGUUCGAAGUAUUCUUAUGGGUCUCUGAACUGGGAAAUACAGGAGGAGAUGGUUAUACUGCACUCAUGCACGCCUCAGCAUCUAAGUACUUCGCAGCUCAGAAUGGGGUAAAGCGUGAUACCUAUCAGGAGUAUGCAUUGUACAAUAUAGUAAAGUUACUCCUAAAGGAGGCUGGGCAGCACCUUAUUGCAACCAGUGAAGCCUUGCCAGACACUGUCCUUCUUAGUAGAGCAGAUACCUCUAGUAUAAAUCCCUUUGUUCCAGGUGCAACGGCUCUAAUCAUCGCCGCAAUCUGUGACGAUGUUGCUAUUAUUCCGCUUCUAUUGGAGCAUGAAAAGGGGCUUCAUGAUGACACCCAGAGGACUGCUCUGAUGUGGGCGGCUAGAUACAAUAACAGCGCCGCCGUCAAGCUUCUGGCACCACACGAGAAGACCCUGACAAAUGGCAGACCAUACUAUACAGCGCUGUAUGUUGCUAUAGAGCACGGGAAUGAGAAUAUCGCUAAAAUACUGACCCCGUACGAGGGGUACCCAGAUGCUGAUUUGGCUUCACGAAUCCAGGGUAGACACACGGAGCUUAUGCAAGCGGCUGAAAACGGAGACCUUCCUGGUGUAUGGUCCUAUCGCUUCCAGCUGGGUCUGCAAGACAAACGUGGUUAUACUGCGCUAAUGUAUGCAUGCAUCUUUGGGGACAUAAAUUGCAUCCUGCAAUUACGGCACGAAGAACAUCUAGUAGCAAAGGAUGGCACUACAGCGCGCGCCCUCUUAGAGCAACACUGGCGUGAGGAAAACCCCCAAAUUGUGGACAUGCUUGAUAUCGUGGAGGUCUUCGACGACAAGGGAAUGAAUCAGCUACAGCGUGCUAUUCGGAAACAAGAUCCAGAGCUGAUCCUCCGGUUUCUUCACCUGCAAGACAGAACUAAGGAACUUGAUGGAUUGACGGUGUUGAUGCAGGUUAUUGAGCUUGGCCUUACAGAUUUGGUAGACGUCAUUAUUAGGGAAUACCCUACUCAACUAGGGAGAACAGUGCGCUCUUAUCCAGCCACAAAAGUCCUGUGGGAAGAUGUCACGGCAUUGAUGAUUGCAGCAUCUCACGGAUACGAUGGUGCUGUGGUUGCGCUGGCAGAAACGCCAGAAGCACGAAUGAAGGAUAGCGGAAAGGGAAGAACAGCAUUGAUGGCUGCAGCCAUCAACGGGCAUGCCAGUACCGUAAGUCUUUUGAUCGAUAAGGAGGCACGGAUGCAGAAUGCAGAGGGUUGGACAGCACUUAUGUACGCAGCGGCCUAUAACAUGGAUGAGGUAGUUAGUGUCCUCAUACCUGCAGAAGCACAAGUGCAGAUGAAGGAUGGGUGGACGGCUCUGAUGACCGCAGCCAGGAACGGACACCUCCAAGCGGCGUCUCUCCUGUUACCCUAUGAAGCUGGCCUACUCAAAAAGAGCAAGUAUUCUGCUCUUUAUUAUGCAUCUACUCAUGGGCAUACCGAGAUGGUAACCCUAUUACUUUCUGAGGAGAGAGAGAAGAAGUAUGCCCGCUUCAUCUUAGAAGCUCUCUCUAAGCGAUGUCCAGAAGUUGCAAUCGUCAACCUGCAGAGUACCAUUUCUCUUUUGCAAUCCUCUAUUCUUUAA